AUGAAUGGGUCAUAUCCAUCUGAUAGUAAUCCUAUACUGAAUGGAGAGCCUGUUGAUGCAAACUCUAAUCAUCUUGGUGGAGAAAUGCACAAUGGAGCUGGUACGAAGUUGGAAAAUGGAAUACUAAAGAAAGCACCAGACAUACCACAUAUAACGAAUAAUAUUAUUCCACUAUCCAAUGUUUUGAAAUUUUAUACACAAGAAGCCUAUAAACAAUUAACAACAGCGAUAGAGAACUUAUCGAGUACUAAAGAUACCGAAAAUGAUUCUAGUAGAAAGAAGUUUUUCUUACACUUAAUUAUCUCCCUUAGACAAGAUUUCAUUAAAAUAUACACUUUGGUUAAGUGGGCCAGUUCAUCUAAGGAUGUUUCUAAGCUAAUAGAUUUAUUAAACUGGUUUAGGUCUCAAGAUUUUUAUUUUGAACAAUUAGGAUAUGGAUUAAAUGAACUUAAUAGGUAUUCAGGAGCAAAAUUACCUAAUUCUGACAUAAUAACAAGUUUAGAAGUGUUUAUUAAGAAGAGACCGCAAUUACCCUCAUACAAUUUGAUCGAUACCCCACCAAUAUCGUCAGAGAAGACUUUAGAAGUCUUAAAAGAUUUAAAUUUAACAUUAAUGACUAGAAUGGCUUUGAUAACCAAUUUACCUAAACGUUUCAUUAAUAAUUAUGAAAUUAAGGAUGGUAGAGUGUAUUUCACAAUACCUAAUGAAUUUCAAGUUUCUGUAACAGUUGGAAAUGAUUUGAUUAUUGAACAAGAAGAAGACUAUUAUAAAUCACCGUUUUACUUCAUCGACUUUAAGUUUCUAUUUGGAAUAAAUCCAGAAACCUCCUUAAUCACACAUAAAGAUAACAAGAUAAUAACAAAGCUACCUAAAUCAUCUUUCCAAAACUUAGAAAAAAUUGUAAAUACUGUACUAUUAAAUCUGGGCCUUGGUGGUUUAUAUGAUCUAUUACAUAAAUACUCCAUUUCAUUUAAAUUAUACUUGAUUGCAAGGCAAUUAAAAGAUAUUUCUGUCAACAGCAAAUGGAGAAAUAAUAUUCAAUUCAAAUAUCAAAAUGGUAAAUCGUUAAUCUUGAUCAACUAUUGGUCUAGUCAUUAUUUAUCCAAAAACUGGAAGUCAUUUAUUGAAUUAGGCAUUGAUAAGAAUUACAACUUGAAUUUCAGAUGGUUCAAGAAUGGUACUUAUGAACUAAAUCAUGGAAUAUCUGGUAUAUUUGAUAGAGAUAAUAUAAAGAAACAGCUGGAUGUUUCUGAUGAGCAGUCAAAUGAUUUCAAUCCGGAAGGGGAAUCAAUGGAAGAAAUGAAAGAGGAAAAUAAUGAAGGAGAAUCUGAAGCACAAGAUCUAAGCGUAGAUUUAAUUUUAAACAUAAUAGUCAAUAAACACUCUGAAAUGUUAAUGGCUAAGAUUUAUGAAAAUAUAAUUAAGAGAUUGCCUGAUCAAGAUGAAGAGUAUUGCUCCUUUAUAUCUUGCCAUCAAUUAUUGCUCAAAUUGACCCCUAGCAAAUCAGUUGUGUUCGCUAUCAAUCCAUUAACUGGAUUUUUUUAUUUUAUUGACCCUUCCCCAAUUCAGAAUCAAGUCACAAAAAAAAUUAACACACAAUCUUCGAAUAAUAAGAACAAGUCAUUCUUCAGCGAAAGUGAUAUGGUUGGGAAUAUUGUGAACCAUUUGAUCCAAUUGAAACUUGAAAUGUUCAAUAGAGAAAUUAAUAAUAAGUUAAUUACAAGUGGAUGGAUAAAUAAUGAAAUUAUCAAGUUGAAUGACUAUGAGACCAUCAAGUUAUUUAAUUUUUUGAAUGGUGAUAACGUUAGCAAUUCUAAUUUCAAUAAAAUUCAAUUUUACAGAUGUAAAAAUUGGCCCUUAAGUUGGUUUCUAAGCAAUUUAGUUAGUGGUGACAGUUUUAAAACCUUUUGGUGGGUUGCUAGAAUCAAAUCUAUUAAAGGUGAAUGGAAAAUUCAAUGGGUACAGCAAUUAGUCUUUGAUAAACAAAUUGAAACAUCUGAAGAAUUGACUUUAGAUUAUAAAUUCUUUAAUAAUUUGUCAAGCUUAUGUUCUAAUAUGAUUACUGACCACAUGGUUUUAGAAGAAUUGCAAUCUAAAAGAAUUCAAUAUAUAAAAAAGCAACCGAGAGAAAAGGCAGCUGAACUUUUAAAUAAGUUUCAGAUUGAUGAAAUACAAAAUGAGGCUGUCAAGCCUGAAGAGACAAAUAGCCCAUAUGUUUAUGAAUCUAUCAUUAUGCUCUAUAAUGAUAAUAGAUUAUUACCAGUUUCCAAUUCUUCAACAAGUCUAUUCUUAAAAAUAAAGCUAAUCACGCUAAAUAAUUCAACUCAAAUGAAACUAAAACUCUUUGGUAAUUUGCGUAACAUUCCUAAUACUUUAGCAGAAAGCUUUAAUCAAUUGAACUUACAUAUCAACAAAUCACAAAACUACUUCGAGAUCAAUGAUACUGUCAACUUAUCGAAUAAAAUCAAUGAUUCGUCUAUCAAAGAAACUAGGUUGUUAGACUCAAUCUUCUUAAAAUUAAAUGUUUUAAAUGAGUUGAUUAAAGUGUUGUAUCAAUUAGAUCAAAAUAACAUCGAAAUUGUAAAUAGCUCCAUUGACAGUAUACAAAUUAAGAUUGAUGAAGAAAGUAAUAAUUUAACUAUAAAGUUACCUGAAACGGAUGAAAAAUUUAGAUUGCUUGGUUCUAAUACCGAAUCAAAUGAAAUGAAAUUGAUCAUCAGUUAUUUGAACAAGUACUUGCUGAUGACAAGCAAGGUUCAAGAAAAUGAGAUCAUUGGUAUAAUCAAAUAUUUAAAAGAAAUUACGCCAAUAAUUAAAUCAAUCAGAUCUGUCAGGACCCUUUUAGAUGAGAAAAACAAAAUGAAAUUAACUAACGGGCUCAAUAAAUUAAAUUUUGACAUCGAAUUUCAAAAUUUGAAUUUAAUUCAGUUCGUUUAUUUUUUGAACAAUACUAAUACCAAUUCUAAUAAAAAGAUUUUAAAAGAUAAAAUUGUCAUUAAAUUGAAUUUUAUGAGAAACAAAUUUAGUAAGCAAGAUAAAUUACUAUUGAAACUUUCGAUGAAAGACAAUUUAAAUUCACGAAACUUAAAGUACAAGAAAUUAUUUGAGUUGAUAUACAAAGGAAUAAACGAAGUUGAUAACGCAAAUGGGCUGAAAAUUACAAAGUUGAAUUAUGACUUUAUUGUUGAAAGCCUGUUAAUCAACGAACUAAUGGUUAAAAUAACUGAUGCUUUUAUUCAUUAUCUAAGCGACGAUGCAUAA